UCCACAGUCAAGAGCUGCAGCUCAGUGCUGGAGUACAACAUUUCACAGGGAGCCCUGCAGAAGCAACACCUGUUUCGAGCCAGCCAAGAAAGACACAAGCACUUGUAUGUUGCUGCUUUGCUUGUGGAUCGUCAAUAAUCCUAAACCAGUGGACAUCUGCUGAGCCUCCUGAGAAUUCUGGAUAAUAGAUUUGGACGUCAAAAGUUUUUUUUUUUCCUUUUUCUUUUUUCCUUUUUUUUUCGGGAUUUAUCUCAGCCAACAACGUGAGAUUUCCCCCCUCCCCCUUUGCAGGAUUCACGCUGAUGUAUGCAGUCUGUUCUAGAGUAAAAACAGCGCAUGCCUUUCUGGAGUCAGAAUCCAUAAAUCCUGACGUAGCCUGUGCAUCUUAAAAAAAAAAAUAUCCCUAUAACGCCUAGGUAUUUAAGUUGCUAUGGUCAUUCUUAUCUUAAACCAAAUGGAGAAGCUACGGAUUUUUUUCUUUAUUACAGUUGGAUGGGCUGAAGACCGUAUUGCUUGCUAAGAGCUGGGGAUAUAUGCAUUUAUAUAGAUAUACACAUCUAUAUGUUUAUAAAUAUGUCAGUGUGUGAGUAUAAAGUGGUGGUUUCUUAGACUAACUGGUUUGACCUUGAACCUGUACCAGUCAAAACAGAAUAUUACUUUUAUUUAUGCAUUUAAUGGAUUGAAGAAAGAACAUUUUCUCUCUAACUGCGCUAGGGAGGGGAGAGGAGUGGAAUAUACCUAAUCUUAUAUCUCCUGGGUUUGGCACCAUCGUUAUUGUUUAUUCUUACUCUCUAAAAGCAGAAUCUUCUGAUGGCUCCCUUAGGUGAAGUUGGGAACUAUUUCGGUGUGCAGGAUGCAGGACCCUUUGGGAAUGUGCCCGUUUUGCCGGUGGAUAGUCCGGUUUUGUUAAGUGACCACCUGGGUCAGUCUGAGGCAGGUGGGCUGCCCAGGGGGCCUGCGGUCACGGACUUGGACCAUUUAAAGGGGAUCCUCAGGCGGAGGCAGCUAUACUGCAGGACUGGAUUUCAUUUAGAAAUCUUCCCCAAUGGUACUAUCCAGGGAACCAGGCAAGACCACAGCAGAUUUGGUAUACUGGAAUUUAUCAGUAUAGCAGUGGGCUUGGUCAGCAUCCGAGGAGUUGACAGUGGACUCUACCUUGGAAUGAAUGAGAAAGGGGAACUGUAUGGCUCGGAAAAAUUAACCCAGGAGUGUGUAUUCAGAGAGCAGUUUGAAGAAAACUGGUAUAACACAUAUUCAUCAAAUCUAUAUAAACACGUGGACACUGGAAGACGAUACUACGUUGCGUUAAAUAAAGAUGGGACUCCAAGAGAAGGGACUAGGACUAAGCGGCAUCAAAAAUUUACACAUUUUUUACCUAGACCAGUGGACCCUGAGAAAGUACCGGAACUAUAUAAGGAUAUUUUAAGCCAAAGUUGACAAAGACAAUUCCUUCACUUGAGCCCUUAAAAAGUAACCACUAUAAAGGUUUCAUGCGGUGGGUUCUUAUUGAUUAGCUGUGUCAUCACAUCAGCUCCACUGUUGCCAAACUUUGUCGCAUGCAUAAUGUAUGAUGGAGGCUUGGAUGGAACAUGCUGAUUUUGUUCUGCACUUAAAGGUUUGUCCUCCUGGAGGAGAGCCUAUGCCCACUCGCUUGAUUUAGUAUGAGAGGGAGCGCGAGAGAGUGAGUGCGAGAGAGAGAGAGAGAGAGAGAGAGAGAGAGAGAGAAAGGGAGAGGAUGAAUGGGAGUAAGAGCGUGAGAGAGAGAGAGGAGCCAAGGGGAGGAGGAGGAGGAGGAAGGCCUGAUGCAUGCUGGGGAAUAGACACGCUUUUAAAUUUUUGAUCAGUUGUACUUUGUCAUAUAUCAGCAUAGCUGCCAUACUUUGAUUCAUCAGGAUUUUUGACUGGUGGCCUGCUCAAGUGUACGCUGCAUUUACAAAGGCAUGGAGGGUGCAGUCUUACUUAAACAAGAGACUUUUCAGUUAAUCACUCUUUGGGUCUCACCCCACAGAGUUUAAAGCAAAGACCUCUUAGUAAAAAAAUAAAAAUAAAAAGUUAAAUUUAUUUAUAGAAAUUCCAAAGGCAACAUUUUAUUUAUUUUAUAUAUUUAUUUAUUAUAUAGAGUUUAUUUUUAAUGAAAUAUGUACAGGCCAGAUAGGCAUUUUGGAAGCUUUAGGCUCUGUAAGCGUUAAAAUGGCAAAGGCCACUAUGAACCUGUGGUAAAUUCAUGCAAGUAAAUAUAAAGGUGCAUGGAUAAAAAAAAAAAAACAACAAUAAAAAGGUAAUAAUAAUAAAUUCUAGUGACCCUCAUGUACUAAAGGCGACAAUCUCUUUUGUGCCCGUAUUAUUGUACAAGUAUGCACACCACUCAUGACACUGAGUCCUCACUCUUCUGACUGCUUGUUUCAUAGCUUACCCCCAGAGGAUUAAAAAGAAAACUGGGUCUUCAACUUUUUUUUUAUGUGUCUGUAAUAUUUCCUCUCUGAUAAAGUGACUUCUUACAUCGUUGUAAACUUCACGGCUGUGGAAAAUAUAGGGGUUGGAAUAUAUUCUACUUGUUAAAACCUAUUGCAGAUUAUACCAAAGCUAAAUGAUAAAUAUGCUUUUUUUUUUCCUAAAGCAUAAUGCCAGAAACAACAUAAGUAAUAUCAACAAUUGUACUAAUUUUAAGAUUCCACAAAUAGCACAUAACAGUUUCAGAGGGCAAGAACCAGAUUAACAGGAUCACUCUUGUAAACAUGUUUAUUUGUGCACUUGACUAUCUACUAUGAAAUUAUACAAGUUCCAUAGGGGUCAUUGUAACAUCUUUUAUGGAAAAUUGCUUUCAGUGUGAACUGUCAUAAUACAUGAUAUUAGCACCCUUCCUAAAGUAAAACUUGCAAAAUGAAACUAAUAAAUCUCUAUCAAUAAUGACAAUGAGGGGGACAAUAUUAGACUUGUUUUUUCAAAUACUCACAAACCAUGAGCUGCCAGUAAUAUUUAAGGGAUUGUAGCAUUUUAUACAAACACAAACACGUUGAUUAACAGUUAUCAUCUGGGAAUUAGUCCUUAGGAAGUGGCAUUUUUUCCCCACUACCCUGAAGGGAAAAAAAAAAAAGAGAGAAAAUCAUGUAAGGUCCAUAUGACAAAUACAUUUUGUAGUUGUUUUAUCCCUUAGGAUUUAA